AUGGGUAUUUGUUCUAAAGAAACGCAACAAUUCAUUGCGGGUUUGGAAAGAGAACUUUCGUUAGAAGUCAGAAAAUAUGCUAUUCAUAUUUUCUUUCGGAAAGUAAAUGCCCAUAUUUUUAAUAUGCAGAAGAUUAUCGAACUUCCAGGAGAGCUGUUAUCGUUUGACGCGGUGUUUGAAAACGGACUGUCAGAAAGUAUGACAUGGCCCGGUUAUCGCCGUAUACAGUUGAAGCCCAACUGCAAAAUAAUGCUGGUCUGGAAUAAGUCUGCCCAACUUUCCAAUGGUCGUGUGGGUUCUUUUAUCUGCGUUAAAGGCGAUGUCCUUUUGGUUUAUUUUGAAAAUGUUGGGGUAGUUGAAAUAUGUAGAGAAACCUGGAUUAAACGAAAUCGUCUUGGUGAGAGAAUCGGAAGUGUUUCGCAGUUUCCCAUUAUCUUGGCUUAUGCAAUCACUUGUCAUAAAUCCCAGGGACUAACACUUCCAGCUGCUGUAAUACAUUGCAGCCAAGAAUAUGUUCCAGUGUUGAUCUACGUUGCAAUUUCCAGAGUGCGGGUGCCCAAUAAAAUCCAGGUGUUGAAUUUUGAUGCAAAUCAACUUGUUAAACCAUCUCCAGAUGUUAUUGAACACUCAAGAACGCACAACACAAUUCAUCUAGCCGAAGAUUUGUCGUGUUGUCGAAAGCAGAUUUUAAGCGAAGACAAGUGUUUCGAUGUACAUGAUCGAUUUUCCUCAGAAAAAGAAGCAAAUGGCGAUGAUCAGUUUUACUUUCCGACUUGCAUGUUUGACAAACCGGUAAACGAAAGUUUUGAAGAUGAUAUAGAUCCUAUCUCAAUCGAACUCGUUGAGGUUUAUGAACAACUAGAACAACAUAAAUCAGAUUUAGGUUUGCCUCCUGAAGAAUGUGUCAAUGAAGCUAAAAACUACCUCGGUUCAUUAACAUCAUGUGAGACUACUACUAGUUAUAUUGAACUGGAAAACUCUGCUGUCAACUUUCUUCUGACGGAGGACACCUCUUGGAAGUUAGAAGCUUUCAUUUCGAUUGUAUGGCAUGAGGCAUACAAGUUGAUUCGUAGCCAUAUUGUCGAAACAGGCGACCAGGCUGUAACCUUUAACUUACAAAGACCGCAUUUCACUGCGGCUACUUCUGGGAUGCACGCGUUUUUUACUAGCGUCAAAUUUUCAACGUAUUUGUGUGCUAUAUUUACUGCCAGCGAUAAGUUACCGACAGCACCGCAAAGAUCGAUUGCAGUUAAAUUAUCCAUAGAGAUAUAUUAUAAUUUUUUGCAUUAUUUAACAAGUUUGAUUAACCAACAUCGCGAUUGUUCUGAAGUGCCAUUACAAGUACAAGAAAUGAGUGCCGUAGGUCGAUCCAAGGUUCGCCAUGUUGGUGGAUUGGCUUUACGUAAAAUUCUUACGAAAUACAGAAAGUAUGUUCAUACGAACAUGUUCUCGACCAAUAGAUCUACCAUGGCAAAUGUGCAUAAGAGACAACAUCUAUGUGAUUUGCUAGAGAGUGUAAUAAUUCCUUUUGCUAAGUUGACAGAAGAUACAAUGUUCCCAGAGACACUCGAGGUGAUUGAAGAUCGGCAAUACAGAGAAAAGGGACUUCUUCAUAUUUCAGAUCAAGCGUAUCUGUUCUUCAUGGCCAUGGAAGUAGAAUUGAACAACCUGCCAAAUUAA